UAUAUCGUAAAGUAUACAUCAUAAAUAGUGAUAUUUUUCUCAGAGUGUUGUUUUCGACGAAAAAGCCGGCAAGCGUGCGAAAGCAUUCACGCCUCAAAUAACGGGAGUUAUUUCGUCGUACUACGUAGCGACUGUGAAUCUCAUGUGAUUCGUCGUGUUGGUCGCGUUUUCCCGCGGAAGCAUCAUGGGCCUAAUCUCAGAUCCGUUUUUAUUUGGAAUCGCCUUGCUAGACACCGGCUUUAUAUUAUUUCUUCUAGUGUAUUAUAUUAUAACCUUGUCAGAUCUUGAAUGCGAUUAUUUGAAUGCGCAAGAAUGUUGUUCUAAACUAAAUACGGGAGUGUUACCAAAGUUAGUAAUGCAUACGCUCUUGAUAUUCCUUUUGUUGACACACGGACAAUUUUUGUUAACACUUGUAAACAUGCCUAUGACAGUCUGGCUAUUCUAUGAAUACUUCAGUGUUCCCAGUGGAAAUAUGGGAGUUUAUGAUCCCACAGAAAUUCACAAUCGUAGCCAGCUGAAGAAAUAUAUGCGUGAUUGCAUGAUUCACCUGGGAUAUUGCCUUAUAUUCUUUUUUAUUUAUCUUUACUGCAUGAUUGUAGCAUUGCUCAAGGGAGAUCCCAUUAACAGAAAUGACGAGACCAUAGUAGAGCUAUGAAUGUAAGAAGGAUGUUGUGUAUCAUACUCUUUCUAUAUUGGUGUUCAAAUGUUCUUUUAUAUAUAAAUCUAAU